CGCUGCGAGUUUGUGGACGGUGCAUUUUGCAAGCUAAAUGCUAAUCUUCGCGAUAUUUUAUCUUGUAUCAGAAUCCGAGUGAAACAAAUAUGACAGAUUUUAAGGGCAGAUUUAUUGUUUAAAUUAAAUCAACGUUUUAUCAGAGCUUCAUAUUUAUCUGCGGUUGUUUAUUUGCUAGCUAGCUAGCUUCAUCGUAAUGGCAAGUGCAGCUAAUGCUAACCUGAACGCAGUCCGGGAGACUAUGGACGUUCUGCUAGAGAUUUCAAGACUGCUAAACACUGGUUUGGAUAUGGAGUCCUUGUCCAUAUGUGUGAGGCUGUGCGAGCAAGGCAUCAACCCUGAAGCCCUGUCUGCUGUCAUCAAGGAGCUUCGGAAAGCUUCAGAGUCUCUAAAGGUUUCUGAGAAUUGCACAAACUGAAGAUGGAAUCGGAGCACAUCUGUGCGGGACUUUAAUAAGAUCAUCCCCUGUUCCUGGAUCUUUACCUGCCUCAAUCCCAAUCAUUUUGACAGUGUCCUUUGGCCCCAUCAGUGACUCAAAUGUUUUCUACUUUUUUUCAUUUGUUAGUUUUUCUUUAAACAAACUUACACCUGUUGUCUUUCCAACAGACAAUACACAAAAUCUAAGCCGUACUAUCAGAUUUAAGCCUUGGUUAAACAAGUGGGGAUGUUGUGUUUGUAUUACAAUCUAUUUUAUAUCAGAAGACAUGUUGCACAUUUUUAAUUUUUUUCCCCAUGUUUAUUAUUUUACUAUCAUUUUUUUUCAUGGUCAUUUAUUAUGUUUCUGAAGGUUUUGAAUAGAAUUGUGUAAAAUAAAAUGUUACCACCAGUGGCCACAAGGUGGCGUUGGUGUCUUUUA